AUGUCUACAAGCUUACAGUACCUGCAUUGCUGCGGUACUCAUUUUGUCACGGGGUUUACCGUCCGCCUCAAGAGUUUAAAGUAUCUAGCCCUACACAGAGUCGUCCUCUCUGGUGCACAAUUCCCUUUCCAAUACACGAAUCUAGAGACAUUUUGUCUAGAGCCGGACGAGAUUUACACUUUGAGCAGCAAUUCUGACAUGGCUUUAAAUCACGCCACGAUUGCUGCCUUGGAUCAGGUCCGAGGUUUGAAGAAUCUCUUUCUGCGAUCAACCAUGGCUUGGCCCCCAACCAGAUCGGUAGUCGACGCCAUCAGAUCGUCCAGGAUCCACUUCCUCAUGUUAGACGGGAGUGUCAUUCUGGACCCUUUCGACCAGCAUAGUAAUGGUGGCUACAGCAAUCUCCGUGCACUCGCCCAAGUCGGUGGCUACAUCAAGCAUGUUCGGCCAGUGGUACGCAGUAUCAGCUACAACCACGAGUACGAGAGUCGUAAAGCCGCCUUCGAUUAUGCUCAUUUGCCCACGCUGUGUGUUCAAAUCUACAACGAUCUGAUAUCACAUGGCAGUAGCAUGAAAUAUUAG